AUGACCAUCUUAUUCGAGCCUCCUCUCAGCCUCGCAACGACCGUCCGUUCGGCAAUCGCAGGGGAGCCCACCGUCGACGUGACCUUCCAUGCGACCGUCCCCAACAAGGAAUGGCAACGUCUCAACGGCUCUCUGGAGAUUUGGUCAAAUCUCCCAAUAACCGGUGUCCGACCCGGUGAAUGGCAUCCGGUCGCCUUUGAGCAAGCCGAGAGUGCCCCAGACGCACAGAAUGCAUCAAAGGAUGAUUCUGUACAUCUCAGUGCAUCAUUCAGUCUUCCAGUCCCAGCGAACCAAGCCACUGCGACGAAGUACUCUUAUACGUACAGAAUUAAGCAUUCGGCCAAAGACAUUACGUGGCUAGGUAGCUACUCGUCAAACGGAACGAUCAAGGUGGACAAAGUAGGCUUCUGGAACCCUGUCUCCGCCGAGCAAGCUCCUUGUCUGGGUUCACUCCACCAAAGUGGACAAUGGACGGUAUGGUGCAUUCCACGCAACGGACCGCCCCGUCCCUACCGACUAGAGGACUUAGGGACCAAUGUACUGUCUGCACACAAUCUGGUGCUGGUUCCGACCCAACCAAAGUGGAAACUCACAUACUCUGCUUUCCUGCUUUUCACUUCUUCUGGGGAAGAGAUCAAGCUGAUGGGGCGUGAAGUUUUCUGUGAUACCCCUUCCACGGUAUCCGUUGAAUGCCGAUGCUCAAUGUCUGCCGUACUGAACGCACUAGAGAGAAAUGGAGUCUCUACUCUCCCAACAGUAGACGCAAAUGCGCUCUUUGUUUCCUCGAAUGAUCCCCACGCCAUCUCUUCCGAGUUUAAUCUCGUCAAGCUUGGCGCAUUACCCUCUUCAUCUACACCCAUUCAUGUUUUACCUAGCAAGCUCACUUCAUUGAUGGGGGGCUCGACUUCCCUAGACCCUCCCUAUAUUCAUCAAGCCCAACUUGACAUCAUUUCGGCUGUCUACGUUGCACUCUAUUCCAUGCGCUCCAAAGCAAUUGCCCUUCUCCAUCCAGUACAACCAGACUCCCCGCACACUUCGACACUGACCAUUGUCGGAGACAACCCUACCAAUCCUUCCAAACCGAUAAACGACUCUGCGAAUAGCGCGACCCUCACCCUCUCUCGCCCACGCACAUCCAGAGUCCUCUUUGCACAAACCGUGCGCAUUCCAACAAUCAUUACCCGACGUCUAGGGUGGAUUGCCCACCUACCAUUCAUUACAAGUUUCUGUCAUGUUGGACUCUACAUCGUUGCCCUCGUCCUUCCACGCUUUGGACUGUCAUUCUCUCUUCAGUGGAAUGGCGCAAGCUCACAGCAACAUGUUCUCUCGCCAAAGGGAAACGCUAAAUCUUUGGUGGCAUCUCCGAAAUCUCCAGACGAUUCCAGUCCCGCUUCUGAUGCCGAUACGGCGUCUGGUGAGCUAGAGUUUGAGGUUGAGCCGGUCGAUGGAGAGGUCCAGGUCGUACUCUACGGUGACGCUGCUGAUAGCGUAACCUUUACGAUGAACAGGGAGAAGGUGGAUCCAUGGACGGUCGUACAGACGUCUCAUGGAGAAAGGUUGCAUCAGUUCACGAUUUCAACAAACAUUGGGGGCAUACUGGGUGUCAUCGCGCCCUCUUAG